UAGCAAUGAGUGCCGUUGUAAAGCAGUGAGUGCAUGAAGACGUCACCUGCGUGGUAGCGAGCUGCUGCAUUACUCCGGCAGAAGAGAAUAAGUUUUGGCAGCUGGAGCGGGGUGCAGGAACGGGGGGAGCAGCGGAGCCGUGGUGUAGGUGCAGGAGGAGGAGCGGGCAGCGCUGUGCGGAGUGGGAUCGCCCCGGGAGGGCGGCAGCCGUGGGCACAGCGCCUGGAAUGGGGUGCGGGGCUGCACAGAGCAGCGGGAGCGCCCCGACGGAGCCCGGCUGCUGCACAGCGCCCGUGUGCGACCUGCCGGCGGACUGGAGCUUUCCGGGCUGCUUUUAGCGCAGAAGCUGCUGCUCCACGUUCGCUCCCCUGAGCCCGCGGCAGGGAUUUCACUUCGACGGCUCCUGCAUCGAGAGGAAGGAGGACGCUCGGGGGUUUCCCGGCCUACCAGCCUCUCGCUGGGGCUGUUAAACGUGGGACGAGCGCUCAACUUUGCCGCUCUUCUGUCCAAGCCCCGGCGCUUCCACCCGUUCUCGAUGUGACACCUCCCCCGACUGCCUCGGUCUGACUCAUUCGCUGGUGCUGGGAGAGGCAGAGCGGGGAGGGGGAGCCUUCAAAGUAGCCGCGGUUUGUCUCGCUUUGACGAGGCGCCCGUGAGCUUCGCCCCGGCAAAGGCGGCGGGGCCGGGGGCGGCGGAGCGGAGGGGACCGACAGCGGCCGCCGGGUGGCUCCGUCGGUGGCUCCCACCGCAACUGGGGGCCGCGUCGCUGUUCAGUCCAGCCGGAGGUGGAGGAGCGGGGAGCAUCGGACCGGGAGCUGCCGCAGCAGCGUUGGAACUGCCCUUCCAACAACCGGGAAAAAAAAAACCAUACCAAAAACCCACCAAAAAAAUAAAUAAAAAAGCCAUGAAGACAUUGCAACGCCUCCUGCCAAAAGUAAAGAGCAAAUCCCAGUUGUGAUGGCUCUGCUAAAACUUGAUCCUGCGGGAUUUCAGGCGAUCAAGAGCUGCCGGGUUUGCACGAACCGCGGAGGGCGCGAGACGCGGGAUGAAAUCCCGGCAUUAGAGGAUCUAUUCCCCGCUCCGUUGUUUGCAGAGGAACCCGCUGAGAUGAGUCGGAGGAGCUCGAGCCCAGAGCGAUGUGGAGAGAGAACGCGCCCCCCUGCUCCCGUCUCGUUGGCCGCCUAGCUGCCCUCACGGGAUGCGAUGGGCCUCGCGCUCUGCGGCGGGGAUCACGCUUGCGGCCGGCGGUGCGGAAGCCGCCUGUGAGCCCGGGCACCGAGGGGCACGACAUGCCAGCACCGGCACCACCGGCACCACCGGCACCACCCGCGGCUGCCGCCACCGCUCCGUCUCCUGAUGCGCUGGGGGAUAAAGCUGGCAAAGAUGAGGAAAAUUGGCUGCGCUCUCCUGGUACUCCAAGCUCUUCUUGCGCCUUUGGAUCUUGUUUGUGGAGCAGAGAAGAAUUAUCCUGUCCUGAACAUUGCAGUCAUUCUGGGAAGGACCAAGGAUAUCACGGAGAGGGAUAUCAGAUCUCUCUGGACCAGGGAGAUGUCAGCAGACCUGACCGUUGAUGUCAAUGUAGUGACCCUUCUGGUGAACCAGACUGACCCUAAAAGCAUCAUAACACAUGUUUGCGACUUGAUGUCAGGUACCAAGAUCCAUGGAGUGGUUUUUGGAGACGACACUGAUCAGGAGGCAGUAGCUCAGAUUUUGGAUUUUAUUUCAUCUCAGACUUCUAUUCCAAUUCUUGGAAUUCAUGGCGGGGCCUCCAUGAUAAUGGCUGAUAAGGAUGUGAUGUCAACAUUCUUCCAAUUUGGGGCUUCUAUCCAGCAGGAAGCCAUCGUCAUGCUUAAGAUCAUGCAGGAUUAUGACUGGCAUGUGUUUUCUCUUGUAACCACCACCUUCCCUGGAUAUCGAGACUUCAUCAAUGUCAUUAAGACCACAGUGGAAAAUAGUUUUGUGGGCUGGGACAUGCAGAACAUCAUCAUACUUGAUACUGCCUUUGGGGAUGCCAAGACACAAAUUCAGCUGAAAAAAAUCCAUUCAUCUGUCAUCCUGCUCUAUUGUUCCAAGGACGAAGCUGUCUACAUACUAGAUGAGGCUCGCUCACUGGGCCUUACCGGGUAUGAUUUCUUUUGGAUAGUUCCAAGCCUCGUUAGUGGUAACACAGAAAUUACUCCCAAGGAAUUUCCUUCAGGACUCAUUUCAGCAUCUUAUGAUGAAUGGGACUACAGCUUAGAAGCUCGGGUGCGGGAUGGCCUUGGGAUUAUUGCUACUGCUGCAUCAGCCAUGCUGGAAAAGUACUCCUUCAUUCCUGAAGCAAGAACUAGCUGCUACAGUCAACUGGAGAAAAAUGACCGGCCAUCUCACACUUUGCACCAGUUUAUGAUGAAUGUGACUUGGGAAGGUAAAGAUCUGUCCUUCACUGCUGAUGGUUAUCAGGCACACCCCAGGCUGGUGGUGAUUGUACUGAACAAAGAUCGUGUGUGGGAGAAGGUGGGGAAAUGGGAGAACAACUCACUGAGCCUGAAGUACUCUGUCUGGCCAAGGUACAGCUCCUUUGCAGACAGUGACCCAGAUGAUAACCACCUGAGUAUUGUCACCCUGGAGGAGGCUCCCUUUGUCAUCGUUGAAGAUGUGGAUCCUUUGAUGGAAAGCUGCCAAAAAAACACUGUGCCAUGUCGUAAAUUUGUCAAAAUUAACAACUCAACUAAUGAGGGAACUAAUGUAAAGAAGUGCUGCAAAGGAUUCUGCAUUGAUAUCUUGAAGAAGUUGUCUAAAACUGUCAAGUUCACAUAUGACCUGUAUUUGGUGACUAAUGGGAAGCAUGGCAAAAAAGUCAAUAACGUGUGGAAUGGAAUGAUUGGUGAAGUGGUGUAUCAUCGUGCAGUGAUGGCUGUGGGGUCUCUCACUAUUAAUGAAGAGCGCUCUGAAGUGGUUGACUUUUCAGUGCCAUUUGUUGAGACUGGGAUCAGCGUCAUGGUGUCACGGAGCAACGGGACAGUGUCACCAUCGGCUUUUCUAGAGCCUUUCAGUGCUUCUGUCUGGGUGAUGAUGUUUGUGAUGCUUCUCAUUGUGUCUGCCAUGGCUGUCUUUAUAUUUGAGUACUUCAGUCCUGUAGGAUACAACAGGAACUUAGCACAAGGGAGAGAUCCCCAUGGACCAUCCUUCACCAUUGGAAAGGCAGUAUGGUUACUCUGGGGCUUGGUAUUCAACAACUCUGUGCCUGUGCAAAACCCCAAAGGAACAACCAGUAAAAUUAUGGUGUCAGUUUGGGCCUUCUUUGCUGUCAUUUUCCUGGCUAGUUAUACUGCCAACUUAGCUGCAUUUAUGAUUCAAGAGGAGUUUGUUGACCAAGUGACUGGACUGAGUGAUAAAAAGUUUCAAAGGCCACAUGAUUAUUCACCUCCUUUUCGAUUUGGAACUGUCCCAAAUGGCAGCACAGAAAGGAAUAUCAGAAACAACUAUCCUGAUAUGCACCUCUACAUGACAAAAUAUAAUCAAAAAGGAGUUGAAGAUGCCUUGGUCAGCUUGAAAACUGGGAAGUUGGAUGCUUUCAUCUAUGAUGCAGCAGUGCUGAAUUACAAGGCUGGAAGAGAUGAAGGCUGCAAACUUGUCACUAUAGGCAGUGGAUACAUCUUUGCCACUACUGGCUAUGGAAUAGCACUUCAGAAAGGAUCACCUUGGAAGAGACAAAUUGAUCUAGCCCUUCUUCAAUUUGUUGGAGAUGGGGAAAUGGAAGAGUUAGAAACCCUGUGGCUGACUGGUAUUUGCCACAAUGAGAAGAACGAGGUUAUGAGCAGCCAGCUGGAUAUAGAUAACAUGGCAGGAGUGUUUUACAUGCUUGCAGCAGCCAUGGCACUCAGUUUAAUAACCUUUGUCUGGGAGCACUUAUUUUACUGGAAGCUUAGAUUCUGCUUCACUGGAAUCUGCUCUGAUAGACCAGGAUUAUUGUUCUCAAUCAGCAGGGGUAUUUACAGCUGCAUUCAUGGAGUACACAUUGAAGAAAAAAAGAAGUCUCCUGACUUUACAUUGACCAAUUCCCAAACCAACAUGUUAAAACUACUACGAACAGCUAAAAAUAUGACCAAUAUAAAUCCUUCAAGAAUUAACUCCCCCAAAAGAACAGCUGAUUUUAUUCAGAGGGGUUCCUUGAUUAUGGACAUGGUCAUGGAUAAGGGAAACUUGAUCUUCUCUGAUAACAGAUCCUUUCAGACAAAGGACAACUUUUUUGGUGAAAAUAUGAGUGAACUGCAGACGCUUCCUGGCAAUCGACACAAGGACAAUCUUAACAACUAUGUUUUCCAAGGUCAGCACCCUCUCACGCUGAAUGAGUCCAACCCAAAUACAGUAGAGGUUGCAGUAACAACAGAAGCAAAAGUGAACUCCAGACCCAGGCAACUUUGGAGGAAAUCUGUUGAAUCUUUACGUCAAGAAUCUGUACGUCAGAGUCAAGGUUCCCAGAGGGAAAACGGGUCAGAUGAAAACCGGCAGCUUUCAGUGAAAAGCCAAAGAUAUCUUCCUGAAGAGAUUGUCCAUUCAGAUGUAUCAGAGACAUCAAGCCGAGCUACUUGCCAUAUGGAACCUGAGAACAACAAUAAGCACCACAAAACCAAGGACAAUUUUAAAAAAAGAACAGUAGCAUCAAAAUACCCAAAAGACUGUAGUGAAGUGGAACUGACAUAUCUGAAAACCAAACAGAGCUCUCCACGGGAUAAAAUCUACACAAUUGAUGCUGAUAAGGAGCCAGGAUUCCGCUUGGACACACCCCAGUACAUUGAAAACAUUGUCCUUCCAGAAACUGUAGAGUAUCCAGAUAUUUAUCAAGAUCACAAUGACAACUACAGGAAAGCAGAACAUGCUAACAGGACUCCCUUGCAUAAUGAAGACAGUCUUCCAAAUAAUGAUCAGUAUAAACUUUAUGCAAAGCACUACACUUUAAAAGAUAAAAAUGCUUCCCUAGUUGACAUGAAUGAUAGAUACAGACAGAAUUCUACUCACUGUAGGAGCUGUCUUUCCAAUUUGCCCACUUAUGCGGGACAUUUUUCAGGCAGAUCUCCCUAUAAAUGUGAUGCAUGUUUGCGGAUGGGGAACCUCUAUGAUAUUGAGGAAGAUCAGAUGCUGCAGGACACAACGAACUUAUCACUUCCUGAAGAAAUAUAUGACCAUAGUUGGUCACAGAAUAAUGCUCUGCAAUAUCAUAAAAAAAACAAGUUGAGGAUUAGCAGGCAACAUUCUUUUGAUAAUAUUGCUGAUAAGUCCAGGGAAAUUGAUCUUGGAAGACCUUCUCGUAGUAUAAGCUUGAAAGAUAAAGAGAAGUUUCUCCAAAGUAGUCCAUAUGCAAGCAUGUUUAGUGUUCCCUCAAGCAAACUGUUGAGCAACAAAGCCUCACUUUUAACUCAUGCUCUGGAGGACAGUAAGAGGAGCAAGUCCCUGUAUCCCGUUCACUCAGAAGAUAAUCCCUUUCUGCACUCGUAUCGUGAUGACCAGCACUUAUCUCUUAGGCGAAAUCCAGCUGAUCUUUAUAAAUAUUCGUUACCAACCAGAGGAAGAAAUGAUAAUUAUUUCAGGUCAUCCAUAAAGUCUACAGCAUCAUACUGUUCCAGGGAUGGUCGGAUCCAUAAUGACAUGUACAUUUCAGAGCAUGUUUUGCCUUAUGUUGCAAAUAGGAAUAGUGUGUACUCAACUCCAAGGGUUUUAAAUUCCUGUAGCAAUAGACGUGUGUAUAAGAAAAUGCCUAGCAUUGAAUCAGAUGUUUAAAUUUUCCAUGAACACUUAUCUAUAGGGAAAAAUAGUUGCCACCAUCUUAGAGGGAGAAUAUUUCCUUUAACAGUACCCUGCUGUAGUAAAUGAUAUGUAAAACUCUCCCUUUCCCAGUGUACUUUUGUACAUGAAUAGGUAAACUUAGUAUGCUCUCAACCACCUUUUUGAAAUGUGUCUUGUUGAAAAGGAGAACAAAACAGCCAUUUAUGUAUGUUUUAUAUAAAUGGCAAGCUGUACUGAAAUAGCCCCAAUAUAUGUUGGCAACUAUGCUAUUUUGUAUCUGAUUAUUUUAUAUAAUUUUGGUUUUUCUAAUUUCUGUUGCUAAGUAUCAUUCAAUGUACUUUUGUCCUUAGAAAUGUUUAAUGAUUUUCUAGUACCGGAUAAGCAAUAUGGUAUGCAUGUAGUAUGACACAGACAAAAAGAAUUAGGAAUGCAUUUGCUAAGUUACAAAAAUAAGACUCUUUAAAAGAGAACAGAGAGCUAGGCUUUCAAAAGUAUAUUUUAGCUUCAUAAUCAUUUUCAAAGUUAAAAAAAAAAAAAAAAAAAAAAAAUCCAACCCAAACCCCAGGACCUUAAUUACCAAAAUACAGUGUGUUAGCACAAAAUUAGUAUGUUCAUUGUAGACUGACAGAGAAUAAAUGGGAAGACUGUAGGCCCAAACAUGUGAACUGCUGUGUACCAAAAGGAAGCCCUGUGGAUUUUGGUUAAUGUUAAUGUGCAAAUACUUUUCUUAUAUUUCACUUGCACUUGCCGUUAGAAACUAAGUUUAUUGAAAAGUCUGCAGUCAUCUUGUCAAAAAAUUCACAGCUGCCUAAUCCAGAGUAUAUAUUUUUAGCUAUCAAUAUAUGUCACUUAUUGUGGAGUGUUGGACUUCAUUAGUAACCUUGAGACCUAAUAAGUAUGCAAGUUUGCAUUUGCCCCUUACUGGUGAUUACUCAGGGCUGUAUAGUAUUUAUUUUAUUCCUUCACUUCCCAAACCAAAUCCCAACCCACCAUAGUUCUUUGUUGAUAGGAUAUUAGUGACAUCUAAUUAACUAUAUGUUAGUAUUACUAAAGCUGUUAAUAUGGUAUCAAACACCAACAGCCAUAUGUUUAGUGUAAUCAGCAAGGAAUGCAGUGCCAUUUAUUUGCAUACACCAUGAAGGAUUAAUGCCUUUUGUGGGCCUUCUUCUUUCUGGAAUAUCAUGCAUAUUUGUUGAACAUCAGACCUCUUUUUUUUCUUUUUUUACCUCUCUAAUCAAAUCUGUCCUAUAAAUUGAAUAUAUGCACACAUCAUCACUCACUGGUAUGCAAAAAUAUUUACAUUACAAGGCUGUAUUCUUAUAUGACUUUUAUUUCUAGUAAAAAUCAGUCAGCAUAUUUCAGAAACAAAAUGUGUGCUAUGCACCCUUCCUCAUCUCCCAUAGCCAUAAGGGAGCAUGGAAGGGAAAAGGGGAAGACUUUCAUGAGUAGAGUGUACAGUUGUAAAUUGUAUUUAGAUUAAAGAAGUAAACUGCUAAUAUAUUUAAAUACAGAAAGCUUCAGCAGGAGGUUCUCUCCCAUUGUCCUGCUAUUCUAAGAAUUGUUCUGAUUUUAUUUAUUUACUUUUCCAUGUAUAGCAAGUUUAGAUUAUUAGAUUAUUCCUUAGAUUUCACUGAAAAUCAGUGAACAGGAAAACCAUUACCACUGUGAAUUGGAAAAUGUAAAUAUUACCCUGACUUUUCCCUAAACAAAAGUUAUUUUCAAUAGAAUCGUAUUUACAUCAGCUGUAAUUGUAUAUCUGCAAAUCAGAGGUACAGUAUGCAAGUUGUUUAGUUUGGAGUAGCAUCCUUCAGACGAGAGCUGCAAAUGGCAGGUAUUAUAAAUGACACACAGUGAUAGUCAGAAUACGGCUUAUUGAAUUUUUGUUUACAAUUCUCUUAUUAAACAGAUUUGAUCUGACUUUAACUAUUAAAUGGUCCACAAUGAAUUCUUGGUAUUUACAAAUGUAUUUGUACUCUCGUCAAAAUGGUGAAGGAUGAUAUUUUUGAAGGAAUGAAAUGCAAUGGGAUUCGGGUUUUCCAAAUCCCUUCCCAGCUUCCAAAAAUCUCAGCAUACCUUGUUCAGAAUGUUCAGAAAGCAUAUCUAUGGGCAUUCUGUCCAGAGAAAAUACUGUUUUAGUAUUUCUUGUUCAACAUUUGGUCACAAUUCUUGGCCCUGAUUCACAUGAUACGCUUUCUGGCUUCUUGCUGGCUCUGGUUUUCAUAAAAAGAAGAUCCUUGACUACCCUUACAGAGAUUCUAUCUCAGGAAUAGCUGUGCGAACCAAGCAGAGCUAGGAUGUUUAUGGAUGGGAUGAGCACUACUUUUCACAAUCAGAACCCCUUUCCCAUAUGUAUACAUAUGUGUACCUUAUUCAUCUUAGCUCCAUAGGAAAAUGCACUAAAGACAUAAGCAUUGUUGUAAUGAGUGUAAUUAAAAUAUUUAAGGCAAAUUUUAAUUUCCCAUCUAAAUCACAGUAGAUUAAACGAGGUCUCGAGUACUUUGAACCACCUGUGUUUUUCAGCAAAUCAUCUGUUUGCUGGUAUCACACCAAAAACUACCAUGCAAGUUACUGGGAAUUUUACCAAGUGAAUCAUAAAACUCCAUGGUGGGUCUUGUCUUUCACAUCAUCUGAAAGCACUCUGAACACUGUCUGCUCACUCCAAGUCUUUUGUAACUUCAUCUUUAUCUGCAACUAGACACCCAUGCUUCAAUAUAUAGACAAGUACUGUAUGUAAAACUCCGGGAAAGAAAAGUUCCCAUUUACAACAUUUUCUAAAUAAACUGUUGAGAUCCAAAUGCAAACAUGCUAAACCCAGGUGGAUAUUUAUCCUUCUGUUAAAUGUUCAGGCAAAUUAGCUAAAAAGAACUAUACUGCAGUGCUUGUUUUUUUCUGAUUUGAGAAGAUUUCUGAUGAGUGUAGAGAUUGGUUAUCUACAAAUACGAAAUACAAUCCCACACCAAACCAAAUUAAAGAGACAGAGGGAAGACUUGAUAAUGUUGCACAGCAGUUGUUCACAUGGAAAUAAACUAUGCUGCCUUAAAAGAACAAGAAAGAAAGAGAUUUUAAAAAGUGGAUGUUGAACGUAGAGGGAUAAGAAUCAUGCAUGCAUUUGCGGUUUUGAACUUGGCAUGUAAUAUGACUGAUUGAAGGGGGAAGAAAAGGUUAUGGUGCAGGGUUUUAGCUGAGUAGCUAGUGUGGUUGCUGAUGUAUACAUGUAAAGAGGAAGAAACUGAGAAAUUGAAGGAAAAGCUUUAACAGUAGAGCCACAAGCCACAGCUUGUGAGGCUCAGCUGUAGGGCAUAUGGAACUCUGAAUAUUGCCUGAGCUUUGUUGAUAUAUUUGCACUGACUUUCAAUGAAAUUGAGAUCAAGACUUUCUGUAUUUCCCUCUCUCUCACUCUAGCUGCUGCUAUACUUGAAGAGGAGAAAAGAAUCUUCCUGCAUAAGUGGCCAUCCUUUCUGUACCUUUCUGGAUGGUGCUGGUGACUUGUUACAUUUUCCUGAUUACAGCUCUAGCAGAUUGUUGGUCAUUCCUAUCACCAAGAUUUCCCGUGACUCCAGCUGGAACUGAAUCAGGCUGUAAAUGAUAUGGGCCAUUCUUGGUAGCAUGUCCCGUAGUGUUACACUGCUCCUGGACGACAACUUUUAUGGAGGCAGGAUAUUGAAUUGCUGAGGAAUGGAGUAGGUACAUGGAGGUAAAAACAGCUAUGUAGACAUUCCUGCCUCUUGCUUUUUUCCUCUUUUAAAGACAUUGUAGAAUUUCUUCAUGUUUUUGUCUUCCCCUUUUCACCACAGUACAUUUUCCUUUUCCUUUCAAAUGAAUUUUGUGUUCUGCUUGUGUUUUGUAGAGCAGUGUAGCCACCCACUAACUUAAAAGCAUGGAAAUAAGAUACUUUAAUAUAUAAGGUAAAAUUAAGGAAAUUAAGCGUUCUUUGUAUUUCUGGAAAUUUUCAUUUAAUGUUUUGGCAGCUUUUGCUCAGAAUUCUUUAUUUUGCUACUUUAGAAGUUCAGUUAGGAAAAAGAGUGCUGUGGACACACUGAAUCCAAAUCACCGCCAGCUCACCGUGUUUUGGCAGCAUCUCAUGAACAUGUCUCGCUCUUUGUGGUCUUCCAGGAACACUUAGUUAAAUUAAGGCUCACAAUAAAGCUAAAGAAAAAUAGUGGGUCCUUUAUAUAUUUAUUUAUUUAUUCCUGGUGAAAACAGUUCUUUUUUUACACAUUUCCAAAGGUAGCAAAAGCCUGAGAUGUGGAGUGUUUGGGUUACUCUGCUAGAAGGCAGAGGUCUUUGUGUUGCUAGUGUAGGGAGAGAAAGAGAGAGAAAGCUCCCUCCUGAUGGCAGUCAGAGCACUGGAGGCUUGGAACCAGUUGUGUUGCUGAUGUGUCCUGAAAGCAUUUAUCUCUCUCUGCAGACAUUUUAGGAAGCAUGGGUGCCUAAUUAGAGACGUGUUUAGUAGAGUAAUGGACUAUUUAUCCCAGCCUAAAAAUCUGUUCAGUUGAAUCUGUGUGUGCCAGUUUACACCAUGCAGAUCAUAUGGAUUCCUGUACUUAUUCAGUAUCUGCUGAAGUUGCACCUGUCUGUUGUGGAUUCUGCAGUACUUCCAACCUGAACAGUAUCACCAUUUUCUUUAUACCCUGUGACUAAUCAGCAUGAAAUAAAAGUGUUAGCAUCUCUUCCCUGUAGAAUAACUUGCUAUUUUUAUAUUUCUUCUGUGUAGCAUAUGCAUCUUAAGAUACAGUGAUGGGGAAGAUUUUAGUACUGUUCCUUCCCUUGCUGGGUUCACCAACACAGAACAGAACAGGAUUUAUGAUACAGGUCUUAGAGUCAGUCUGGAUUUAGGAAGAAUUAAAGAGGUGGAUCUUUUUGUUGCUUUACUUUGAAUUUAACAUGUUGUAUAUGAAACCUAGUGAAAACAGAUAUUUUAUUAUAAAGUCCUCUCAGUUAAAAGAGAAAAGCAUCUAUUGCGUGGCUCAGGUAGUUUGUGUUAAGUGUUAAUCAUCACAUUCUGUGCUUCUGUCAAAAUGGAGUGUCAUGAAUCCACUUGCUAAACUUUGCCUUUCCCAGCUCUAGUUCUAUUUUAUCUGAAAUAUCCUUCUGAUGUAGGUGUAUUUCCUGCAUAGUGCAAUCUGGUUUACAACAUAGAAACAGUCUUCUGGUGACAUGCUUAAUUUGCUUGUUUUAUUCAUGUUAAUUUUUUAAUCUAAAUCUUUUUUCCUAUUCAGAGCAGAACCUUUUAAUUAGUGAUGAAGGACCUUCUGAAAGAGUGUAAAGGCCUUUCAAAGCAUGACUUUAUGGUAUGAGUCAUUUUCCUGCUCAGUUGAGCCUGUACCUCCUUGCUUAAACAUAUUAGCAAAACGCUAGUAGUGGUUGUCAAUAGGAGGGAGCACAAUUUAAUCCCUGCUGUGUGCUUAUUUGUGGAUGUAAAUGCAAGUACAGACAGAUAAAGGUUAUGAUAUAGAAAAGACUCCACCUGUUCUGGCUGAAGUCUCCUGCAGAGCUCUGGUUAAGUUACACAGGAGUAGCCUCAAGACCAUCCUGUCUCUUCCAUCGUUCUGAUCGUGCCGACUUCUCUGUCUCAUGUGCACAUAUUGUACGUAGUGUAAAAUUCUUGUUGACACUCAGCUGUCAUUGUGAAAUUAAUCCCAUUUCCACCUGUUCGCCUUCAUUGCAGUGUAGCAGCAAUGUCUGUGGGAUGUAGAGGUGGUUGUUUGCGUUCACUGUUGUCUGCUCCUCUGUUCAGUGGGAGCAGAAAUGCUGCCUUGCUUCUCUCUGCUCUGCUGGGGGAGGGUUACUGCACUGCUUGUAAAUAAGUCCCUCAAUCAAAUUGAGCUUUUCAUUUAAUUUAAUUUUUUUGCCCUUCUUCACUAGACCUGCAUAUGGAGUACUUUAAGUAUAUGUACUCUUUGGUUUGAUUACAAGCGUGCAUCUCCCUGCCAUGCAGCAAGAAUGCACUCUGUUGCCUUGCAGGUUCGGGAACUGUUUGGUUACAUCCUGCAGGAUGUAUCUACCCUGGUUAAAACUGUUCUUAAAAUGAAUGCCAAUCUAAACAGUUGUAAGAAUCCGCUGCUGAUUAUGUGAUGAUGUUGUCAUAUCUAUAAUUUAAGAAGCAGAGAUAACAGAAGUAAAAUUAAGUUACCUCAAUAUUUACCAGGCUUUUGUUGUUUUGCACUUAAAUAUUUUACUCCUUUUCCUCAAUUUUUUACCUGUAUUAAAUUAGUAGAGAAUAUAACUAUGCUGUAACUUUGUCAUGCAAUAUCUUUAUUAGCAGGUAACCACACUGAAUAGAAUACUGCAUAUUUAAAAGAGAGAUGAUUUUUGACUCUCCAGCUCUUCAAAAGUAGUGGUGAUCAGCAGUUAUACUCUUAGAUGUUUCAGUCUUUCCCUUUUGUAAUUAGUAUUUGUUUUCACUGAUAUUUCAAAAAUUGUAAUUCUAUGUGCACGUUCUAAAGCUGUGAAAAUAAAUACCGGUAAAUAUUAUAAUACUUAUUCAGUGCACUGUAAAGUUCCAAGUGAGAUGAUGAUUUGCCUGGGAAUUAAUGAAGGUUUCCUCACUUCUCACAAAUGGUCCUGAGCUUUAAUGUGGGCAAAUGGUAAUAUUUAUAGUUAUAUGAAAUUUUAAUGGAGAACGUCUUGUUUUGCACUCCUAGAACUAUUAGAAGAAAUGAUAUGUUUUUCUGAACAACUGAAUUAUGAUCAUACAUUUUUAAUUUAAGUAUUGUACAUUGCCGUACAUAGGAAUAGCCUGCUUGAAGAGAUUUGUGUUAGUCAUCACUGCAGGAUUCUUUAGACUGAGAAUAAUUCAUUAAGGCUGUUUUAAAAUGGCAUUUAAUGGCAAAAAACAGUUUGGAAAUAUAUUUUGGCUUCUGUUUCUUACUGUAUUUGGACUCAUACUUCUGCAAUUGAAGGCCCUCACAAGGUUCCUGUGCCCUCCGCUAUGGGGAAGGUGGCUUCUCUUGUUCAUUGAUAGAACGAUAUUAGAGGAGUCAAGGAAAGAAUUUGGAGUAUGAGUUGGUCAAUAUUUGAAGCGUAAAUUAUGUUCAACGUGGAAAAAAGAAGGAAGGAAAUUGGAGGUUCACAGUUAUCCAGGCCAGUGAAUGGUCUGUAAUGGGCAGCAGAGUGUGGUUUCUGGAAGCUAAUUUUUAAUGAUGGUGAUUUGAAUCCUGCUGGAGUUUAUAGAUCACCGAAAAGAAAAAGAGAGUUUCUUAUUUCUUUUUGUUUUUUAAGCCAAAGUCUUUAUAUUGUCAUACGAGGUUUUACAGGAAAAUGGGCCAAAGAAUACAAUUAAAUAUGCAAAAGGUAAAUCCUAUGGAAAUGGAUAUGCUGUCAUCUUGAUGUGCAAAAGCAUAUCAGUGGUAAUAGGAACAAUGUGUGUAAUUUUCCUGUAUAUUGCUAUGUAGGUUGCACUAUUUUGAAAGAUACAAGCCUGAUAUUUUAAUUACCAAAUACCAGAAGAAAGCUGUUUAUUAAUAGUUUUUAACCUAAAUAUAUAUACAGUAUAAACACGUGUGCGUGCAUACCCUUUCCCACCCAGUCAUAUGUGAGUAAUCUCCCAAAUGUGGGGCACAUUCCAGCAGUGCUUUAUUUUAAAUGAUUCUCUACUCUCAUUUCCAAACCUCCUAAAGCCACCAAUUCCCUAUUAGCAUUUACUGUAGUGUUUGGUGCCUCUUGCUGAAGAGGCUGAGGGUCUUGCUGAGGAUCAGGAAUGCCAGGAUGCAAAAAUAAAUGAGAGCUCCUCUCUGAAAGCUGGAAAUGGUGCUUGCUGACAUUUCCAUAUAUAUAGGCAUGUCUUCUUGUGCUGAUGUGAGGAUUAAAUGACCAGAGACAGUCUGUUGGCCCAAUGGCUCCAAUGUUAAGUUUGUAUCAACUUAUGUGACCCAAACCUGGUCAUUAAAAACGUUAUUUACAGUAGCUGAGGAAAGAAAGUUAAAAUCCCCAAAUUUCCCAGGAAGGAUCAGCAGGGUUUGUGUACCAAUGGAGGCCCUUCUAUUCAUCCAUGCAGACUGCAGUUUUCUAAAUGGAUUUUGUACAGAGGCAGUAUUUAGCAGUGGUGCUUGUCAAUAACUUCUCAGUGCAUAGGCUCUUGGCCAUUUUAAGACAGACUACACGAAGGUCUUGACUUAGAGAUGGUGAUAUUUGGCUUCUUUUCUAAGAUCAGAAUUCUCUAACCAAAACUUAAAACAAACAAACAAAAAAAAUGCUGUGGAUUUAUUUGUUUGAAGUCAUUCCUGAGCUUUUUUUCAAUGGAAGCGUUACAUAGUUAGUCAUUUUUUGCACUUCAUCCUGGAAGCAGAAAAUUCUGUAUGGUCAGCAUCUCUCUAUGGUUCAUUGCAAGUGCGUCAAAAGAGUUCCAACUCCUUUGACUGCAGUAAGAACAAUUUUUGUUAUCUUGUUUUUAUCCAGCCUAUGUCCGGAUUCCUACCAUAGGCUUUUUGACUUAGAGAUGUGGGAGUGUGUGAUGGGAGAGCACACCUUAGUGUGGGUCAUUAAAAUACCACAACCAAACCUCUUGUUGCAAACGUAGGGAAGUUGCGUCGUGUAAAAUUGUGUGCAGCUAGAGGACACCUGUGCAAUUUUUAAUAAGAACUGUUUACAAUUUAUACUUUUUAUCAGCUGUACUAUUUUAAAAUAGUCUUAUUCAUUUCAGAACGUCCAUUUUGCUCUGAUGAAGAACAGCUUGAUCUCUCUGCCUUCACACCUCACGCCCACAUGCACAGUGUAUUUUGUGUCUUCCCUGAGCAAACCAGAAGGUACAAACAGAAUUCAUUACCAUUAGGCAGACUCCUACCUGAUUCUUAGCUAAGUAUGCUACUUUUAUGCAAAAUUUGCAUCCAUACAUUCCAGAUUCCCUCAGAAGCAUUUCACCUGUGAGCUAAUACUGUUAAUUUUAACUCAUGAGAGUUGAAUUUACACUAAACCGGGCAUUUCAUGCUUUGUUUCAGCCUCUGUAAAAACGUUUUGCUGACUUAGAUGAAACACAAACAUUUUUGUGUGCUGCUAAACAAGAUUCACCAGAAGAAUUUUAAAAUUUCAGCUUGCAAUUAAAAUAUAUAUAUAUUUUUACCUAUUUACUUGAAUAUUGUAAAUGUAAUGUGUGGUUCUGAUUAUUCCUUAUAUACAUACAUGUAUAUAUUUAAAAGCUGUAUGUAAGCUUUAUAUAAGUGUAUGUGUAUAAAGGUAUGGGUUCUAGUGGUUUGGGUUAUUUUUUGUUGUUUUUUGAAGAAUGAUGGGCAGGAGAAAAAUUCAACAUUGUGACAAAGAUUAUACAAACAUUUAUUAACGUUUUCCAGUAAGAUGCAAUUUGGAGUUUGACUGGAAGUUAUUUGUGGUUGUACUCCAAAAAAAAUAUAUAUUAAAUAUAACGAAAAUGAGUACUGAACCUUUGAUCCUAAGGCUUCGCGUUAGUUUCAUGUGUAUCUUGAAAAGAAUUCACAAUAUUAGCUUUGGGUUUUGCUCAGAAAGAAAUUAUUUGGCACACUAGGAAAUAUAUUCUCAUUCUGGUGGGGAAAAGACUCCAGGUGUGCCAAUCUUGUUGCACAGAGCAGUAACCUACAUUGCAGCUAAUGAAAUUUGCACUCCAUAAACAUCUUACCAGAAAUCCUGGAACCCUUUGGUUCCGUACGCAAUCAAUUAAGAAGCCUAUCAAUCACUUCUGCUACUUAGUGCCAUUUACCGUAACAUCCUCAAGAAUGUAGUAUUGCAAAGUAAAUUUCAUAAAUUUCCAAUUGCUAGCAAAGAAUAGCAAAGGUCUGAAGACCUCUGGGCACCUGGGGAAAUUAAUUAGGACAUUAGAGUAGAAAUAAAAUUAUCUUGGAAGUGGAAUAAAGGAUGAAAUAAUUCAUUUAUUUUUUUUUAAUAGAAUCCAGACUUUGGUGAUUAAAUUCAUAGCGUAAUGGAUCCUUCAAAAGGAAACAUUUUUUUUGGGGGGGGGAAGAGAAUAAUUAAAAGCUAGUUUUGACAUUCCAAUUACUGCCUAUUUCAUUAGAUAGGGUCAGCAAACUGAAAUUAAUUAAUUAAACUGCCAUGCUGCAGACACACACGCAUACACCCAACUACCCCUGCACCCAUCUGCCCAUGCCUUUAAAGCCCUGGUUGUAGUAGGAUCUCCCCAACAGCACACAGUGCGCCCCGAAGGAGCUGGGAGCCGCGCACCUCUCCUGCGUUACGCGUCCCGUCUCACUGCAGUUCUCCCCACCCAUGUUUUAACCCAGUGCAUGACUGAGUGCUGAUACUGUAUAAAUAUUUUGAAACAUAUCUAAAACAAAUGUUUGCUUCAGACUUUUUAUGAUAGAGAAAUAUAUAACGAUUAUGGUUGUCAUACAGAAUUGUAUUGUGUUCUUCAUUUUUGUUAAAUAUGUAGAAAAACAUUAAGGGAACGGGAGACUCGAAUGUCUGUGUGUACUGAAAUGUAUAUAACUAUUUGGAGAAAACACAUGUGCCAAGUAUAACAUGAUGUAAAAAAUGUAAAUAUAUGAAAAAUUCAUUUUUCUAAUAAAGAUAAUUUCUGCCAGUUGAUAUGAAAAUGAA